AUGUUCAUAUCGGAUAGGCAUCAAAGCAUUGAACAUGCUGUUGAUGUUGUUUUCCCAGAAGCAUGCCACUGUGCAUGCUUCAAGCAUAUUACUAUGAAUGUCGUUCACAAGUUUAAGACUGAUGUAUGCAACCAGCAAAUAUGGCUUGCAGCUUGCGCAUGGAACAAGACGGAAUGUGAUAGGCAUUUUGAGGUGCUGAAACAGAUGGACCCUGCCAUUGCUACAUACGUUGAGCAAAUAGGGUUUGAAAAGUGGGCUCGUCCUUAUUAUCCAGGCGAUCGGUACAACAUAAUGACAAGCAACGCUGCCGAAAGCUUCAACAAGGUGACAGAAGAAUUCAGAAAAUAUCCAGUAACUAUAUUGGUUGACUUCAUCAGGUUCACACUUCAAAAUUGGUUUGCUUCUCGUCUCGAAAAGGCUAGUAAGUGCGCUACUCCUUUGGCUACUACUUUUGAAAAUGAUUUAAAGGAUCAACAUAAAGAUGGUAUGUUCAGGAGUGUCCUUCGUAAUGGUGCCCAAUUGUUCAACGUUGGUACGAGUCCUCAAGGUGAGAGAGGUGGUGAUGUGAACUUAGUGGAGAGAACAUGCACUUGCGGACUUUUCCAAACGCUCAAAAUUCCUUGUCCCCAUGCAUGUGCCGCAGCAGUUAGUCAGAAUGUGAGCGUGUACACACUUUGCUCUCCAUAUUACACUAAAGAAACGUGGAAGAAGAUCUACGAUGCCACAAUUAAUAUUGUUGGCGAGGAGGAUGAGUGGGUACUACCGGAACAUAUCAAGAACAUAAGAAUCGGGGUACCAGUGGAGAAAAAACCAGUAGGUCGGCCUAGGAAGAGCAAUGCAGGUAGAAGACCGACGAAGCGUCGACCGUCUAGUGGUCAGGUGGUAGUGGAACCUCGUCAUUGUUCGCUAUGUCACGGUUCAGGGCACAACAGAGCUACAUGCAAAGCUCGAGUUUGA